UCCAGCAGCAGCAGCAGCGUCUCUCCUGUUUUUUCCUGCGACCCCUCCCCCUUUAUAUCUGCUCUUAUCAUAAAUCCCUCCUAUGUGCUGCUGACUGGCAGAGUUGAACGGCUUGUAAGUCACGCAGCCAACUAGUCUCCACAACACUUUCAUUUUUCUUGCUGAGAUUGACGGCAGUUUCUUUUUUUUCUUGAGAAGCAACAGUGUGAGCGGCUCAGCAGCCAGGUCUCCGUCUCCAUAGCGGCUUCCCUGGAACCUCUCCCUGUGGCUGACGAUUGAUCUGCACCCUUUUCCUACUUUUACAGUUUUACCUUUGAGGUGAGAUUUAGUCUCCAUCCAAACCCGAGCAGCAUGUUGGAUCCGUCUUCCAGCGAGGAGGAAGGAGAUGAGAUACUGGAGGUGGAGCGUAAAGAGGUGGCGGCCCCGAAGAGCCUCGGAGGAGCCCGACUGUCACCGGGCCGAGCCGCCGACGGCCACGGAGGUGUCCAGCCCCGGGGCCACGGGAGCGGCGGUGGCCGACCCUCCAGUCCAAGCCCGUCGGUUGGCAGCGACAAGGAGAAGGAGGACCUGGAGAAGAUGCAGAGAGAGGAGGAGGAGAGGAAGAAGAGACUCCAGCUGUAUGUGUUUGUGAUGCGCUGCAUUGCCUAUCCGUUCAACGCAAAACAACCCACUGAUAUGGCCAGGAGGCAGCAGAAGAUCAGUAAGCAGCAAUUACAGACAGUCAAAGAUCGUUUCCAGGCAUUCCUCAACGGAGAGACUCAGAUUGUUGCUGAUGAGGCCUUCAUCAAUGCUGUGCAGAGUUACUAUGAGGUCUUCCUGAGAAGUGACCGUGUGUGCCGCAUGGUGCAGAGCGGCGGCUGCUCGGCAAGUGACUCUCGAGAAGUAUUUAAGAAGCACAUAGAGAAGCGGGUGCGUAGCCUGCCUGAAAUUGAUGGCCUGAGCAAGGAGACGGUGCUGAGCUCCUGGAUGGCCAAGUUUGAUACCAUCUACCGAGGAGAAGAAGAUCCCAGGAAACAUCAGCAGAGAAUGACAGCUAGUGCCGCCUCAGAACUCAUCCUCAGCAAGGACCAGCUCUAUGAGAUGUUCCAACAGAUCCUGGGCAUAAAGAAGUUUGAGCACCAGCUCCUCUACAAUGCCUGCCAGCUGGACAACCCAGAUGAGCAGGCAGCUCAAAUCAGAAGAGAGCUGGAUGGACGACUGCAAAUGGCGGACCAAAUCACUCGGCAUGGUGGCAGGUUUCCUAAGUUUGCCUCCAGAGAAAUGGAGGUCAUGUACAUUGAGGAGCUACGAUCCUCUGUCAACCUGCUGAUGGCAAACCUGGAGAGCAUGCCUGUGUCGAAGGGAGGAGAGUUCAAGCUGCAGAAGCUAAAACGAGGUCACAACACCUCUAUCAUGGACAUGGGACAGGAGGAUGAAAACACACUGUCCAGGUCUGAUGUGGUGCUGUCCUUUACCCUGGAGGUGGUGAUAAUGGAGGUACAGGGUCUGAAGUCUUUAGCUCCAAACAGGAUUGUGUACUGCACCAUGGAGGUGGAAGGAGGACACAAACUGCAGACAGACCAGGCUGAGGCUUCAAAACCAACUUGGGGUACUCAGGGUGACUUCACCACCACCCAGCCAUUACCUGCUGUGAAGGUGAAGCUGUUUACUGAGAGCACAGGAGUGCUGGCUCUGGAAGAUAAGGAGCUGGGGAGGGUUGUGCUCCACCCUACCCCUAACAGUCCCAAGCAGUCUGAGCUCCAUAAGAUGACAGUCUCUAAAGGCUGCUCAGACAAUGACCUCAGGAUCAAACUGGCCAUUCGCAUGGACAAACCACAGAACAUGAAGCAUUGUGGGUACCUUUGGGCCAUUGGCAAAAAUGUUUGGAAAAGAUGGAAAAAAAGAUUCUUUGUGCUGGUCCAGGUGAGUCAAUAUACCUUUGCCAUGUGCAGCUACAGAGAGAAGAAGGCUGAGCCAGUGGAACUCCUUCAGCUGGAUGGCUACACAGUGGACUACACUGACCCCCAGCCAGGUCUAGAUGGAGGUCGGACAUUUUUUAAUGCUGUAAAAGAGGGUGACACUGUGAUUUUUGCCAGUGAUGAUGAGCAGGACCGUAUCCUGUGGGUGCAGGCUAUGUACCGAGCCACCGGCCAGUCACACAAGCCAGUUCCUCCCACCCAGGUCCAGAAACUUAACUCAAGGGGGGGCACAGCGCCACAACUUGAUGCACCUAUUUCUCAGUUCUAUGCUGAUCGAGCGCAGAAGCAUGGCAUGGAUGAGUUCAUUUCAGCCAACCCCUGUAAUUUUGACCAUGCCUCGCUAUUUGAGCUGGUACAGCGCCUCACUCUGGACCACAGACUCAACGACUCCUACUCCUGCCUGGGCUGGUUCAGUCCUGGUCAGGUGUUUGUCUUGGAUGAGUACUGUGCUCGAUACGGAGUUCGAGGCUGCCAUCGGCAUUUAUGUUACCUUAGUGAUCUACUUGAGAGGGCCGAAAAUGGAGCUAUGAUCGACCCCACGCUGCUGCACUACAGCUUCGCCUUCUGUGCCUCCCACGUCCACGGAAACAGGCCUGAUGGCAUUGGAACUGUGACUGUUGAAGAGAAGGAGCGCUUUGAGGAGAUCAAGGAGAGGCUGCGGGUGCUUCUGGAAAACCAGAUUACCCACUUCAGGUACUGCUUCCCGUUUGGACGACCAGAAGGAGCUCUAAAAGCAACGCUGUCCCUCCUUGAAAGGGUUCUGAUGAAAGAUAUCGUCACCCCGGUCCCACAAGAAGAAGUCAAAGCUGUGAUUCGUAAGUGUCUGGAGCAGGCAGCUCUAGUCAACUACCAGCGCCUUUCAGAGUAUGCCAAACUGGAAGGGAAAAAAAGAGAGAUGUAUGAGCAUCCUGUCUUCUGCUUGGCAUCUCAAGUGAUGGAUUUAACCAUUCAGAACGUAGGGCGGUUAGUCACCCCUGCCAAAAAACUGGAGGACACCAUCCGUCUGGCCGAACUCGUGAUUGAGGUACUACAGCAAAAUGAGGAACACCACGCUGAGGCCUUUGCAUGGUGGUCAGACCUGAUGGUGGAGCAUGCUGAAACCUUCCUGUGUCUCUACUCAGCCGACAUGGAUGCAGCUCUUGAAGUCCAGCCGCCUGACAGCUGGGACAGUUUUCCUCUCUUCCAGCUGCUCAACGACUUCCUGAGGAUGGACUGUAACCUGUGCAACGGGAAGUUCCACAAACACCUGCAGGACCUGUAUGCUCCCCUGGUAGUGAGAUAUGUGGACUUGAUGGAGUCCUCAAUUGCACAGUCUAUUCACAGAGGCUUUGAAAAGGAAACGUGGGAACCUGUUAAUAACGGCUCAGGGACCUCAGAGGAUCUUUUCUGGAAGCUGGAUGCUCUUCAGACCUUUAUCAGAGAUCUCCACUGGCCAGAGGAGGAGUUUGGCAAACACCUGGAGACCCGACUGAAGCUGAUGUCCAGCGACAUGAUUGAAUCCUGUGUAAAAAGGACACGGGCAGCGUUUGAGGCGAAGCUUCAGAAGAGUAGCCGGGCCACAGACUUCCGUGUGCCACAGUCCAUCUGCACUAUGUUUAAUGUAAUGGUGGACGCCAAGGUUCAGUCUGCCAAGCUUUGUGCUGUGGACCUGGGCCAGGAGCGACAAUACCACUCUCAAAUCGACAAUCUAAUUGAAGAGACGGUGAGGGAGAUGAUAACUCUGCUCGUAGCCAAGUUUGUGGUCAUUUUGGAGAGUGUGUUAGCCAAGCUCUCCAGAUAUGAUGAAGGAACACUCUUCUCUUCCUUCCUGUCUUUUACUGUGAAAGCUGCCUCGAAGUACGUGGAUGUACCUAAGCCGGGGAUGGAUGUCGCUGAUGGUUAUGUGACAUUUGUUCGUCAUUCCCAGGACAUGCUGCGGGAGAAGGUCAAUGAGGAGGUGUACAUAGAAAGACUAUUUGAUCAAUGGUAUACCAGCACCAUGAACCUUGUAGGAACAUGGCUGACUGACCGUAUGGACCUGCAGCUCCACGUUUAUCAGCUGAAGAUUCUUAUCAGGAUUGUCAAAAAAAAGUAUCGUGACUUCCGUCUUCAGGGAGUGCUGGACUCCACAUUAAACAGUAAGAUGUAUGAAACUGUGAGAAACCGGCUGACCUUGGAAGAAGCCACCGCAUCGGUGAGGGAAGGAGGCAUGCAAGGCAUUUCCAUGAAAGACAGCGAUGAAGAAGAUAAUGAUCACUAGAUUAAAGGGCCUGAAAAGUACGAGAAUGUCAAAACUUUUCAGAGAGUGAGGUGUACUGCCUAGGAAGUCCACACAGCCUUUUUUGGUCAAAAGAGGUUGGCAUACUUUGUUUUUAGUCUUUCAUUUUGUAAUAAUUUCACAUUUCUGCAAGAAUCAGUACAAGAAGAAAACAUUGUUCUGUGUCAACAAACACUUGCAUGACCUAAGUCUUUUUUUUAAAUGCUAAUUAGGGUUGGGCACCAUCAAAGUUUCCAAAGUUUGGAUUCUUAAGGAAUUGUUAGGAAAGUUUAAUUUCACUUCUGCUUAUCGGUUGUUAAACACAUCACAUGUAGCCUACAAGUGUAUGAGCAGUUGUUAAAGAGUACAGAGCAGUGCAGGUGUGUGUGCAGAGAAAGUGUGAGUGGUGGAGUGACAAAGAGUCAGCAUCCAGCAGUGAGUGUAAUGGGUUAGCUCCAAUUAGUCCUAAAGGAAAUGACUGCCUUGGCCCAAGAGAAGUUCUCCUGCUCCCUGUAGCAGAGCAAAGUCAGAACACGGUGUAAUGCAAACACCUACUCUAUAUCUAUAUAUGUAAGCUGAAUGCCACUGUGUUUUUUUCCUCAUAAUGCGUUUGCCUUAAUGCAUCGUGGCUUAAGUAUCACUCUCUUAUCCUGCUCAGUUGCUGCUGACCUGUUGACCAACAGGCGAGCUGUGUCCCAAAACAAACACCUUAAUUUAAGAACUGCUGCUACAAAAUGCUUCACAAGGCCCUGCUACCGUUACAGUAAAGUAAACAUUAAAAUAUAAACCAGCCAUGGUUGCUACUGUUACAGUUUUAUCCAGGUAGUUCUGUGUUUCUGCUGCUAACGUUUCCAAGCAGAGUUUCACAAACUCUGUAGUGAAGAAUGCAGAAGGAUGUUAUAGUAACGACAUACGAUGAUACUCUCAUUAUUAGUCUGCCAAGAAACAUGGUGGAGUUAUGUGGUGAUCGGCGUGUUUGUCUGUCUAUUAGCAACAUCACUCAAAAACGGGCUAACGGAUUUGGAUGAAAUUUUCAGGGGAGAUCAGAAAUGACACAAGAACCAACUGAUUAGAUUCUGGCAGUGAUGCAGCUUAUAGUCUGGAUCCACAGAUUUGUUAAAUAUUUCUUUAUCAUUGCCAGAUAGCGGCACGACGUCACUGUAACCAUGACAAGUGAACACUACACCAGCUGUCUGCUGAUGAUCUCAUGAUUGUGAUCCUGCUACAAAUCCACCACUGAGGACUACAAAUGGUUUAAAGAUUCCGUCUGUUGAAUAUGAUAUAACGACUGAGCAGCCUUGGCUGAGUACUGCACUCUCUGAGUGCUUUUCUAGUUUCCCCUUACUUUCAGUAACUAUUCUGUUUAUCAAGGCUCGUUGUAGCUGACUGAAUAACUGACCUCAAAGCUUUUAUAGCAACAUUUGAAUUUGAAUGUGACUACAGCAGUGUGCUGCUAUUUCUCUCUCACAUCAGGAGAGACUCACUUUAGACAACAAACCCACCAGCCUACAUCACCACUUUGCUUAAAGUGGAUGUGUAGUCAGACUGUGACUGUGGGUCCUCACUUAAAACCACUGUAAUUCAUACAGUUAUUCAGUGUUUGUUUUCCUUGAUAGUCAGAGAUGGACAGUGACAAAGAAUAUACGCAGGUAAAGGUAAUAACGCCAUACUCUAAAAGUCCUACAGUGAAAAUGUUACUUAAAGUAAAACUAUGUCAGUGUAGUCAGUAAAAUGUACUAUGGUUAUAAAAUAUAAAGUACUCAGAAAAAUGUGUCCUUUGGUUGUUUUACUCUAACAUAUUGUAUGUUAAAGUAUUGGAAUAUUAUGAAUACUUUUGCAUUAAUAGGAAGGCAGAAUUUUACUUUUGUAGUAGCUCAAACCACCUGCAACUCAUAUUCUAGGACUGGAGGAUUUUUAGGAACCUGAAUUGAUAAGCAGAAGCACAGUCAGAGUUGUUAAAAUACAAAUGAUACCCAACCCUAAUGCUCAUCAAUACUUAAUUCCCCCAAACUAAAAUUCAUGAGAGGCAAGUAAUAAAAUAUGAACUGAUUGCUCUUAAAAUAAGAAAUACGAAGAAGCAAGAUGACAGAAAAUCAAAAAAGGCAAAGGCAUGAGUGUUUGAGACAUGACAAAUGUGACCAUGAACACGGUGAAGCAUUUCUGUCUUUGUACCAGAACUUUACUUUCGCUUGUUCCAAACAUUUCUCUUUACUUUUGGCAGUUCUGUUGGGAAAGAACUUAAACACUCACACAAAUGAUCCACUGUUCUUUGACUACAAAUGAACAGUUAAACUGACAUAAAUGUCUGUUAUUUAAAGUCUGCCCACAAAUGCAUGGUCAGACUUUUGCUGUUAAAUUAUAUCAGAAUUAAUGCAGAUGCUUCUAGAAAUGAUGUUCACUCAUUGAUUUAAGGUCAGAUGGCCUGGUCUAAGAACAACACAGCUGAAACUAAAGCAUUCAGAAGCUUUCUUUGAAACUUUUUUUAAAGUACUGAAUGUUCUCCAGCAACAUGGAUAAGUACUUUGGUGUCAAGUUUAUGAGCAAGGCUAUGUUGUGCCGAAAAAUGCUGCUGUAUGUUGCAUUGUUGUAACAAGUGUAAAAAAUGGUCUCAUGUUACUUUCUUGGUAAUGAGUUUGCAUCAUUUCCUGACCACAAAAAUCUAUCUGUGCUGUAAUACGAUGUGACGGUGGAGUGGAGCGAUUUUAAAGUGACAAAAAAACAACAACAAAAACAAUAUUAUUUAAUCGUUGAUUAGACCAGUUUACAUCUGGAAGAAAUAUUCUGUUUUUUGAAAUCCCCAAAUGUUGUCUAGAAACCCCACAGAUCAUUAUGACUUUUGCCUGUGGCUGUAACAGUUCAAAUAUUUCAGGUUCGGUUCUCAAUGUGAGCUGAAGAAUUAGUCUGAUUAGUCUGGUACAGUUCCAAUCAGUGUAGGUGUUAGUACAUGUGGAGCUUAAAUUCCAGUCUUCAUCCAGAAAGCAUUGGCAGUUUGUUAGUAGUUUUCUGUUGGCCAAACCAGAGAGAGUCAUCAGUAAGGCACACACACACAAACAACCAAAAAAUUAAAUAAAAUAGAACAAAAAAUCUCUGUAGGGUAAGCCUCUUUGUUUGGAAAAAAAUUGAGGUUUCUCAGCACAUUACAGCAAAACUGGAAAACAGUGACAACGGCAUGCUGGUAUGAUGUAACCAAAGAUGAGUUUAUCUCUGGAAAUACAUCAGGGCACCAAAGUAUGUCUCUUUCUGAAACAAGGCAAACGUGGAUAGAAGCAUAUCCCUUUACCUGCUGGAGUCAAGUGGCCCUUUGCUGUGGAUUUAAACUGCACCAUAGCAAAAGACUGCGAGUUGCUCGAACAGGAGUAGUCUACGACGCCGAUUCUGCCCUGACUCUGGAUAACACAGAUUACACAUUUAGUAAAAUGCUGAAAUGAUCUUUUGACAAUGAUCCAUUUGCCUCCAUAUGGUCAGGGUGCCUCUAAAAUGUGUCAAACAAAUGAACAAGUUCUCUGUGCAGCUUGCUUUUAUGUAUUAUACAUGCAAGGACAGGACAUAUAUUGAUACACAGUGCAAACUUGUAGGCUGACACUGCUGGAAGGCUUUUUUUCAACUCAAAUACUGUAUUUCAGUUGGCAAAACAAAGCUUUGACAACAGGUGGCAAUGUGCAUUGCAUCCUACAAAACAAUUAUUAGACAAAAUUAACAGCAUCACAAAAAUUUUGCACUUUUUUUGGUAACUUUCCAGUCGUAUUUCAAGCAUUUCAAAGCUGUCUUGAACACGCUGCUGUGAAAAGGCCAUGAAGCCAAUAAAGUCACAGCAGACCUGACCUCUGGAGAGGAGCUAUAUUCACAAUGUAUCUGACACAUGCUUCAAGGUGUUGGGCAGACGGGUGGAUAACUGGCAGGACCAAAACCUCAUCUUUAUUCAACAAAACAUUGCAGUAAUUAACUUAAACAUCACAAAACAUGAGAUUAGGCUGCAUAAUUGAGACAAGUGCAAUCAGUCUGAAACAAUUAAACAAAGCACACGUCCACUGAAUCCCCUUAUGAGAACAUCCAGAGUAUUGCCAUGAGAAAUGAAACCGUGGACACUAAAUAAAAUGAAAUCACACAUUAGUCAGGCAGGAAAAUGUUUCAAACAUGUAUAGCUAAUUGUUUGGGUUUUGUGCAGUGAAAUAAGACCGGAGCUUGAGUUUAAAGGUUUCUCCUUGUGUUGGUGCCACAAAUGAUUUCCCUUUGAGAGGCCGCACAGCUGUAUUUAUCCUUUACAAAGAAAAUGAUGCACUGUUGAUCAUUUAGGAAUCUCUGUCAAUAAGCCUCCAGAUAAAUCUGUUGCAUCUUGUUAAAGUGAACACAAACAGUCCAUGGUCUCACGUCUUUAAAUGUUGCUGCUCUGACAUCCACAACAACCCAACUUUUCUUCUUUGUUGUGAUCAGUAGGUAGCAAGGAAAUACAAAUUUAGUUUGGUUCUUAUCAUGCUGACAGACUUUUUUUCACUUUUUCAAUUGUUAAGCAAAUGUUCUUUUUUUAGUCAGAUAUUAUUUAAACGAUACAGUUAAUUUGUCAUUAACUGUAUAUGUUCUUAUAUUGCAAUGUGCACCUUUCUAGGAUGUGUAAUCUGGUUUGUCCACAUUUUUAUGGAUCAUGGAAAGUGAAGUUUGCCAGUACUUUCUCUCUGUCAACUGUUUUCUCUACUGUACUCUUAGAGCUAUGUGUCAUCCUGUGUGCAAGUACUGCAUGUCCCUGGUAAUCACUCCCUGAAGUGUUUUUGCUCCGUGUGUGAAGCUACCGGUGGGUUCACCAUGCUUCUGCCUUUGUAAAAGAACCCAUCAAGGACAAGGACAUUUAAAUAAAAGGUGAAUGACAAAUGUGGAAAGAA